AUGGGUUUUGCUCUCCCUCAGGCAUCCAUACCAGGUCUUGGUGAAUUCUUACUUAGCUUGAAACCUUCUGACGAACCACAGAGUGAUAUAAUUAAAGCUAUCUGGGAGAAGUUCUUUGACUGCAGCUUUUCUCCAUCAAAUACCUCUGCGAUGUGCACUGGCACAGAGGAUCUCAGGACAGUGUCCAGUGACUACACAGAUGUAUUGGAACAUAUUAAGUAUGUGAACUUCACCACACGAAAUGGGGCCAAAGUUUUCUUUGAUGAAAAUGGAGAGUCAGUUGCCCAGUAUGACUUAGUUAACUGGCAGAUGAAAGAAGAUGGCUCUACUGAGAUUGUGAAUAUUGGUUAUUAUGACACUUCUUUUCCAGAAGGGGACAGAUUCAAACUAAAAGACAACACCAAAAUAGUUUGGGGAGCAAACAGUAAUGAGGUAUGUAAAUUAAAGUCCGUCUGCAGAGAACCAUGCCCACCAGGGACUCGUAAGGCCAUAAACAAUUUUAAGCCAGUGUGCUGUUUCGACUGCUUUGGGUGCCCAGAUGGGACAAUAAGUAAUCAGACAAAUUCUCCAGAAUGUUUGAUCUGUCCUCCCGCAUUCUGGCCAAAUGAAAAUAAAGAUCAGUGUCGUCCAAAACCUACUGAAUACUUGUCUUACAAAGAGGUCAUGGGGGCACUUUUAACUGGAUUCAGCUGUUUCGGUGUAUUUUUAUCCCUUCUGACAUUGAUAAUACUUGUGGCUCAUAAAGAGACUCCCAUUGUAAAAGCCAACAACUCUGAACUGAGCUUUAUGCUGCUCUUCUCUUUGACUCUGUGUUUCCUGUGUUCUCUGACCUUCAUCGGCCGGCCCUCUGAGUGGUCCUGCAUGCUGCGACACACAGCAUUUGGGAUCACAUUUGUCCUCUGUAUCUCUUGUGUUCUGGGAAAAACUAUAGUGGUUUUAAUGGCAUUCAGAGCAACACUCCCAGGCAGCAAUGUGAUGAAAUGGUUUGGUCCUACACAGCAGAGGCUCAGUGUGCUGGCUUUCACCCUCAUUCAGGUUGUGAUUUGUAUCCUUUGGCUGACAAUCAGCCCUCCAUUUCCAAAGAUGAACAUGAAGUACUAUAAAGAAAAGAUAAUCUUAGAGUGUGCACUGGGUUCAUCCGUUGGAUUCUGGGCUGUGCUGAGUUAUAUCGGACUUCUUGCUCUCUUAUGUUUUGUACUUGCUUUUCUUGCUAGGAAGCUGCCAGACAGCUUUAAUGAAGCCAAACUGAUAACUUUCAGCAUGCUGAUAUUUUGUGCAGUCUGGAUCACAUUCAUCCCAGCAUACGUCAGCUCUCCUGGCAAGUUCACCGUUGCUGUGGAGAUAUUUGCCAUCCUGGCAUCCAGUUUUGGUUUGCUGGGAUGCAUAUUUUUCCCAAAAUGUUAUAUUAUUAUCUUCAGGCCAGAACAAAACUCAAAAAAACAUUUGAUGGCAAGGAUACCACUAAGGGCUUAA